AUGGAUAACACAACACUUGCUAUCAUUAGUUCUAUAUUGUUUGUGAGCUUUCACCUUCUAAUCAAAUCUUAUAUAAAAAAAUCUUAUAAACUCCCUCCCGGACCCAAAUCGAUACCAAUUUUUGGUUGUAUUUUUAGUCUUGGUGACAAGCCGCAUCGAACUUUUUUCGAGCUAAGCAAAAUCUAUGGCCCUUUGAUUAGGGUAAAGCUAGGAAGUGUCACAACUAUUGUGAUAUCUUCCGCAUCUGUAGCCAAAGAAAUGUUUUUCAAUGACCAGGCACUUUCUAGUCGAACUAUUCCUGAUUCAGUAAGAGCAUGUGACCAUAGUAAAUUUUCUUAUGCUUGGAUUCCCAUAUCGCCAAAAUGGCGUAAUCUUAAAAAAAUCUCUGUCAUUCAAUUGCUCUCGAAUAAACGCCUUGAUGCUAGCCAAGACCUUAGGCUAGCCAUGGUUAAACAACUUCUUGCACAUGUGCAAGAUUGUUCAAUAAAAAAGCUACCCAUUGACAUAGGUAAGGUGUCAUUUACCACCACACUUAACCUAUUAUCAAACACAAUAUUCUCAAUGGAACUUGCAAGCUAUGAGUCUAGUACUUCCCAAGAGCUUAAGAACCUUGUGUGGAAUAUUAUGAAGGAAAUGGGUAGGCCCAAUUAUUGUGAUUUUUUCCCUAUACUUGGAUAUAUUGACCCUUUUGGAGUUCGACGUCGUAUGGCUAGCCAUUAUAGUAAGCUCUUGAAUCUUUUUAAAGAGAUUAUUCAUAAAAGGAUAAAGAUUAGAUCCACUAAUCCUUUACAAGCAAAACCAACAAAUGACAUAUUAGACAUUCUACUUAACCUCCAUGAAGAAAAUGAGUUGAGUAUGGAUGAUCUUCUUCAUCUCUUAGUUGACAUGUUUGAUGCUGGAACAGAUACUACUGCAAACACAUUAGAAUGGGCAAUGACAGAGCUAUUAAAAUCCCCAAAAAUUAUGAUUGAAGUUCAAAAUGAAAUUGACAACGCUCUUGGGAGUGAUUAUUCAAUCGUUCAAGAAUCUGACAUCUCUAAACUUCCUUACUUCCAAGCCGUUAUCAAAGAAACAUUUCGUUUGCACCCACCUACAGCAUAUCUGUUACCACGAAAAGCAGAUGCUGAUGUAAAGUUAUGUGGCUACAUUGUGCCAAAGAAUAGUCAAGUCCUCGUUAGUCUUUGGGCCAUUGGUCGCGAUCCAAAAAUAUGGAAAAAUCCAGAAGUAUUUUCACCUGAAAAAUUUUUAGAGUGUGAUAUUGAUUUUAAAGGUCAAAAUUUCGAACUCUUACCUUUUGGAGCAGGUAGGAGGAUAUGUCCCGGAAUUGCCUUAUCAUGUAGAAUGUUGACUUUGAUGAUGUCUAAUCUACUUUACAAGUACAAUUGGGAACUAGAACAUGGUAUGCAUCUUAAUGAUUUAGACUUGGAGGAAAAGGUUGGGAUGACAUUGCAAAAAGUUAAGCCUCUUCAAAUUAUUCCCAUCCCAAGGAAUAAUUAAGAAUUAUUAUUAUACAUGAGGUUAGAGUUUGCUAUAUG